CUAGCCGCUAGGACAUAGUACAAGCGGUAAUAAGUACCAUAAUAAAGAAUAAUAUACCUUGGGUCUUCGGAAUUUUCGCGCUCUCUGCGGCGCACAUGUUCGUACAGCGGUGAUUCACUACUGGAGAAAAAAGUACAACAAGAGACGGUUGCGGGCUUACUGGUGACGCAGUGUCCGAGAGUCAUUGAUCCCAAUACAUUCCCGGACUGCCGACGCCAUGUCGGAGCGCACGCACUCGGCUGACUCGGGCGAGCCGCUCGUCCCGCCGCUCGCGCUCGCCGCUUACAUCGCGUGUGUCGCCGGCGCUGGAGCUAUUGCCAAUUGCUCUGUAAUAGCUGCACUCCUUAAAUCAUCAAAACACGGAUUAUUCUCCAUCAUCAUACAGUUAGCUAUAGCAGACUUCAUACUAGGGGCAUCAAUAUGUCCAGAAUUAUGGUCUUAUAAUAUAAGAACCUGGUAUUUUGGAAGUCAUGGCUGUGUGAUUUAUAGAGGACUAAAUGUGCUGGCAUCUACGGCUACAUCAUACAUAGUGAUGACUAUAGCAUUGCACACACUCGCAACUGUCAAUCUAGAAGAGAAGAAUAUCACACGGCGCAUUAAACGGGAUGAACAAGAUGAAGAUGAUGAGAUGCGGUCUUCGCGUCACAGUCUGGUCGCCAGCAGCGACUCCUCUACACCUCCACGAACCAUGAAUCUGGAUUAUAGGCUAAACACUAACAAAAUAUCGGUGGCGCAGCCUAGUGCGUUUGUUUGGAUCCUGUCCAUUUCGCUCUGUGUCCCCGAAUUUGCAUUAGCUGCUGCAGUACAUUUGGACCAUGGAGUCAUUUUUUGCACAGUUGUGGACCCCGAUCAUAAAUUGUACAUGUAUUCAAUGUUUGCCCUUUUUAAUUUGUUUUUACCUACGAUUAUUAUGACUAUAGCUGCCACACUAGUUAUAAUUAAAAUAAAAUCCAAGCGUGUAAUGUCUGUGAUCAACAAUAACGAAACUAUUGCCUUAUUGAAAUUAUCGUUGUGGUUAAUAGCAAUAUAUAUAAUCUUAAGCACACCUCAUUCAGUUAUGAAUGGAUAUAGUAUAUAUUCUACAUCUAUAAGAGGGAAUGAAACAUCUUUAUAUGAUAUAACUCAAGAAGACUACACCGUGGCCUAUACAACAGUUGUGUUAAGCGCAGUUCACUUGGCCUCUACUUUGUUUCGCCCUAUAUUAUGUAUAGCUAUAUUACCGAGUGUAAGAAAAGGACUUUCGUGUCAAUCUGUAGCUAUCGAAACGGAACAUGUGUGAUAACUGCUUGGUAUACUCGUAUUGUGGACCGUGAUCUUAGUGAAGUGACAUCGAUAAUUUUAUUUCGGGCAUUUUAGAAAACUUUGAUAAGGAAUUGUUAAAAUAUUAAAUAUGUUUUGAUAAUACUAUGAUGAAAUGAUUUAGUAGUCAAUACGAAUAGGUAUUACUUACCUUCUCAACAUUUUGUAUUAUAGUAGUUCUUACGCGUUUUGUUUCAUACAUCACCUAUUAAUUUUAAUAGCUUUAUAAAUUGCCUAUCUAAGUACAUAUUAUCUUGUAACAUUAUUUUUAAAAAUAUAGCUUUAAAAAAACUUAAGUAAUCAUUCUUAUGCUUAUUAGAAUAAGGAAUAACUUAAUCUAUAUAUAUAAAAAUCAAUCGCUGUUCGUUAGUCUCGCUAAAACUCGAGAACGGCUGGACCGAUUUGG